AUGGAAGAACCAAUACCAGAAAAAGCAGCAGAUGCAGAAAUUUCACAGGAGGCAAAAAUUGAGCCCCAAGUGAAGAACGAAGAUGAUCUGAUACCAGCAGAAUCUCUUACUUCUUCGACGCAUCUGUAUUCUACUCGCUCUAAAGAUAAGCUCAGUGAAGCUGAAAAUAAAUCAUUGCUCAAACAAAAACAAAACAAUGUAAUUGUGCAACCAAGAUUAAAACCGCUUCCUUUCAAAAAGGAAGAUCUAUUUCUGAAAUCCAAGAGCCUAACAAAGUCAGCUGCAGGGAGAUAUAAUGAUAUUGAAUUUUACCAUUUUGAAGAUCAUCCUUUCAAUAGAAGAGGCUUUAAAUACAAACCAUGUCAUCCAAACCCACUAUUCAGCUCCAAUCUUUUUUCAACGACAGAUAUGGAGCCAUUUACUGUACGGCCGAGCUAUUUUGAUAGAUCCCAGGGAAUACUUUUUAGUAGUGAAAUGAACUGUGUUACUACAUCGCAAGGAUGGCGAUCCGUGCGAGCCAAUUGUGGUAUUAGAGAAGGAAAGUACUAUAUGGAGUUCGAUAUAGUCAAUUCACAGAAUGGAAGUGGCCAUGUGAGACUCGGUUUGGCGAGAAAGGAAGCAAGUUUAGAGGCGCCUGUCGGCUUUGAUGGCUAUGGUUAUGGAUUGAGAGACAUACAUGGCCAAAAAAUUACCUUAAGCCGGCCAAAAAAUUUCAUGAACAACGAAGGUUUUAAAAGUGGAGAUGUUAUAGGUAUUUUAAUAGAAUUACCUUCAUUAACUGAACAUAGGAAUGCUGUUGAAGACUUUAUAAAGAAUAAGUUACGAUCUCGUAAAAGCGAUAGUAUAGAAGAAAAAGGGUCACAUAAGAAAAGGAAGAAGGCGAAAGCGCAUCAUGACGAGAACGCAUUACAAGACAACGAAGCUUUUUUAGCUUUUAAUAAUAUAUCAAGAGAUCAAAUUCCCAUAAGAUAUAAAAAUGCAUUAUUUUAUGAACAAUACGAGUAUACACCAACACGAAAAAUGGAGCAUUUAUUAAAUCCUGUGACAGUCUUUGGAGAAAAGGCUAUCUUAGAAAAGACAGGCGGCCAAGAAGAAUCAAAUAGCUUGCCAAGAAUACCGAACUCAAAGAUUGUCGUUUAUAAGAAUGGAGUAGAGAUUGGUACAAUGUUCGAGAAUCUCUACUCCUUUUUGCCAACAAAUGAGGAAAAUGAAGAAGCCGAUAUCUCAUUAAAUACCAAGCAGCAACAAAACCCCAACUACAAAAAUACAGAUGAUGGUUCUUUAGGAUACUAUCCAAUGUUAUCGGUCUUUCUGGGUGGAAUUGUUGGACUCAACCCUGGGCCUGAUUUUAAAUUCCCAGUCUCACAAAAUCCAGAUGUGAAACCAUUAAGCUCGAGAUAUGAUGAAGUCGUAAUCGAGGAGUGGUACUGGGACCUAAUAGACGAGAUAGAGGCGGAGUAUCUAGAUAGUUUCGACGUCCAAUAG